AGGUGUCUCAUUCGGGUGGAGCUGAGCCGGAGAGAGGUAACUGUGCUCUACCGCUGGGCCCAUACCCGCGCCGGGGACCAAGCGCCUGCCAACCGCGGGUCGCGGCCGAGAGCGAGGUCGCCGCGUCCUUGGAGCUGCGGGAGCGGAGGUAGUCGGGAAAGAUUUCAGGACAAAAAUGUUUCAUUUAAGGACUUGUGCUGCUAAGUUGAGGCCGUUGACGGCUUCCCAGACUGUUAAGACAUUUUCACAAAACAAAUCAGCAGCAAUUAGGACGUUUCAACAGAUUCGGUGCUAUUCUGCGCCUGUCGCUGCUGAACCUUUUCUGAGUGGAACUAGUUCGAACUAUGUGGAGGAGAUGUAUUGUGCUUGGCUGGAGAAUCCCAAAAGUGUACAUAAGUCAUGGGACAUUUUUUUCCGCAACACCAAUGCUGGAGCUCCCCCGGGCACUGCCUACCAAAGCCCCCUUUCCCUGAGCCGAGGCUCCCUGGCUACCGUGGCCCACGCACAAUCCCUGGUGGAUGCACAACCCAACGUCGACAAGCUUGUAGAGGACCACCUGGCGGUACAAUCUCUCAUCAGGGCAUAUCAGAUACGAGGGCACCAUGUAGCACAGCUGGACCCCCUGGGGAUUUUGGAUGCUGAUCUGGACUCCUCCGUGCCCGCUGACAUUAUCUCAUCCACAGACAAACUUGAUCUUGCAGUUUUCAAGGAACGACUUCGAAUGCUAACAGUAGGAGGGUUCUAUGGUCUGGAUGAGUCUGACCUCGACAAGGUCUUCCACUUACCCACUACUACUUUCAUCGGGGGACAGGAGUCAGCACUUCCUCUGCGGGAGAUCAUCCGUCGACUGGAGAUGGCCUACUGCCAGCACAUUGGAGUGGAAUUCAUGUUCAUUAAUGACUUAGAGCAAUGCCAGUGGAUCAGACAGAAGUUUGAGACCCCUGGAAUCAUGCAGUUCACCAAUGAGGAGAAACGGACCCUGCUGGCCAGGCUUGUGCGGUCCACGAGGUUUGAGGAAUUCUUGCACCGGAAGUGGUCUUCAGAGAAGCGCUUUGGUCUAGAGGGCUGUGAAGUGCUGAUCCCCGCCCUCAAGACCAUUAUCGACAAGUCGAGUGAGAAUGGAGUGGACUAUGUAAUAAUGGGAAUGCCACACAGGGGACGGCUGAACGUGCUUGCGAAUGUCAUCAGGAAGGAGUUGGAGCAGAUUUUUUGUCAGUUCGAUUCAAAGCUGGAGGCAGCGGAUGAGGGUUCCGGAGACAUGAAGUAUCACCUGGGCAUGUAUCACCGCAGGAUCAAUCGGGUGACUGACCGAAAUAUCACCCUAUCCCUGGUGGCAAACCCUUCCCAUCUGGAGGCUGCUGACCCUGUGGUCAUGGGCAAGACCAAAGCUGAGCAGUUCUAUUGUGGAGACACUGAAGGGAAAAAGGUAAUGUCCAUCCUCCUGCAUGGGGAUGCUGCCUUUGCUGGCCAGGGCAUUGUGUACGAGACCUUCCACCUCAGCGAUCUGCCAUCCUACACCACCCAUGGCACCGUGCAUGUGGUCGUCAACAACCAGAUUGGCUUCACCACAGACCCUCGGAUGGCCCGUUCCUCCCCAUACCCCACUGAUGUAGCACGUGUGGUGAAUGCCCCCAUUUUCCAUGUGAACGCAGAUGACCCUGAAGCUGUCAUGUAUGUGUGCAAGGUGGCAGCUGAGUGGAGAAGCACCUUCCACAAGGAUGUGGUUGUUGAUCUGGUAUGUUACCGGCGCAACGGCCACAAUGAGAUGGAUGAGCCCAUGUUCACACAGCCUCUUAUGUACAAGCAGAUCCGCAAGCAGAAACCUGUGCUACAGAAGUAUGCAGAGCUGCUAGUGUCCCAGGGUGUGGUCAACCAGCCUGAAUAUGAGGAGGAAAUCUCCAAGUAUGACAAGAUUUGUGAAGAAGCAUUUACCAGAUCCAAAGAUGAGAAGAUACUGCACAUCAAGCACUGGCUUGACUCCCCCUGGCCUGGCUUUUUCACACUGGAUGGGCAGCCCAGGAGCAUGUCCUGCCCCUCCACUGGCCUGGAGGAAGAUGUUCUGACCCAUAUCGGGAAUGUGGCCAGCUCUGUGCCUGUGGAGAACUUCACCAUCCAUGGAGGGCUGAGUCGGAUCUUGAAGACUCGCAAGGAGCUGGUGACAAACCGGACUGUGGAUUGGGCUCUGGCAGAGUACAUGGCAUUCGGUUCACUCCUGAAGGAGGGCAUCCAUGUCCGGCUGAGUGGCCAGGAUGUGGAGCGGGGCACCUUCAGCCACCGCCACCAUGUGCUCCAUGACCAGAAUGUGGACAAGAGAACCUGCAUCCCCAUGAACCACCUAUGGCCCAAUCAGGCUCCCUACACUGUGUGCAACAGCUCACUGUCUGAAUAUGGUGUCCUGGGCUUUGAGCUGGGCUUUGCCAUGGCUAGCCCUAAUGCGCUGGUCCUCUGGGAGGCCCAGUUUGGUGACUUCAACAACAUGGCCCAGUGUAUCAUUGAUCAGUUUAUCUGCCCAGGGCAGGCUAAGUGGGUACGACAGAAUGGCAUUGUGUUGCUUCUGCCUCAUGGCAUGGAGGGCAUGGGUCCAGAACAUUCCUCCGCCCGCCCAGAGCGUUUCCUGCAAAUGUGCAAUGACGACUCAGAUGUCCUGCCAGACCUUAUGGAAUCCAACUUUGACAUCAAUCAGCUGUAUGACUGCAAUUGGGUAGUUGUCAACUGCUCUACUCCGGGCAACUUCUUCCAUGUGCUUCGACGGCAGAUCCUGUUGCCCUUCCGGAAGCCGUUAAUCGUCUUUACCCCCAAAUCCCUGCUGCGCCACCCUGAGGCCAGAACCAACUUUGAUGAGAUGCUUCCAGGAACCCACUUUCAGCGGGUGAUCCCGGAAGAUGGCCCUGCAGCUCAGGCCCCAGACAAAGUCAAGAGGCUUCUCUUCUGCACUGGCAAGGUGUACUAUGACCUCACCCGAGAGCGCAAGGCAAGGGACAUGGCAGAGCAGGUGGCCAUUACAAGAAUUGAACAGCUGUCACCAUUCCCCUUCGACCUCCUGCUGAAGGAGGUGCAGAAAUACCCUAAUGCUGAGCUGGCCUGGUGCCAGGAAGAACACAAGAACCAAGGCUACUACGACUAUGUGAAACCAAGACUUCGGACCACCAUCGACCGCGCCAAGCCUGUCUGGUAUGCUGGCCGGGAUCCAGCAGCUGCUCCAGCUACUGGCAACAAGAAAACCCAUCUGACGGAGCUGCAGCGCUUCCUGGACACAGCCUUUGAUCUGGACGCCUUCAAAAAAUUCUCUUAGACGCUCCAGGGGUUUCUUGGGCCACAGACCCCCCCACACAUCCAUGAUGCCCAUUGCUUCUCAACUAAAGAAUAGUGCCUCAGCGCUGCCCACACCUCUGCCCCUCUCGCUGUGCCACACACCACCACCCAGCCCUGCUCUCAUAGGAAUUAGACUGUUGUCCCCCUUGAGUGCUUUGCUGACCCUCCCCCAUUCCAGAUGCUGUCCAGCCUGUGCAGACUUCUCAAGCUGAGCAGCUUUCGUGGAGGCAGGGGGAACAGGAGAAGGAAAGGGAGCCCCACAGGAUGGUCUUGGGGAGGGUCAGCUCUAAUCAAGCCCCUCCCCACCAUAUCAUCUCCCAAGCAGAAGCAGGACCUCAGGUGACUUCCCAGGGUGCUGGAGUCUUUGUCACCCAACAAGGCAAGAUCCUGCACUGGAACUAGGAGUUGCUUUGCUUACUGGGGCCUGGCCUAAUAUAUUAAGCCCCAGAGGAAUCAUAGCUGGCAUGGUAGGCCUCAGCCGUGGGGUGAGAUGAGAAUAACAGGGAAGUGGGGGAGCCCUUGACCUGACCUGGCACAGUGGGGUUAGGUUCAAUUGUGCAGUGACCAUCUCGGCUGCCUUUCCCUUCAAGGGUUCUGGGCUGUGCAUGGGGUCAUGCCCCACCCAUGCUGUCCGGGGCCUGGCAGCCCCUGGAGCCCACAGACUCCCUGUAGGGCCAGUAGCCCUCUUGGGUCCCACAGUCAGGGCACUGACUGGCUGUAGCUAUUGGUCUUGCUGACCCCAACUUCCUUCUCAGACCCCCCACCCCAACCACUCCACUUUUCUUUCUGCUCUUUCCCUUAAACACAAUGGAGACUUUCAAUGCAUCCUUUUCUUUUCUGUGCCAAAGCAGGUCAGAGGCAGGAGAGAGGGAUGGGUGAGGGCUGGGUGGGCCAAGGGGCCAGCUGCCCUUUGUUCCUUACUUUGACCUUCACAGGGACAGAUCUGAUUUAUUUAUUUUGGUUAAAAAAGAAAUAAUAACUUUGCAUUGUAUUGGCUUGACCCAUAAACUAAGUUAUCCAUGGAC